AUAGAAUAGUAGAUCAAGUCAUCAAGAGCAAAAUUGUUAAAACAAAAAAAAUAUCUGCUCUUCAUCGUCUUCAACCAUUUCCACUUGAAACAAAAAGUCUGAGCCUCCAACCCAGAAAAGAGAAAGAGGAGAGAGAAAAUAUGGAGAAAGGUAAAGGAAUCAUGGUUGGAGGAAGAAGAUGGGCUGUUGAAUUCACUGAUAAUUCUACUGCUCCUUCUUCUCGCGACUUUCCAGAUCCUCCUGGUUUCACUCGCGCCUCUCAAGAUCAGGAAGAUUCAUCUGUUGCUCGUCAAAAGAAGGAUGCUGAAGCUAAUUGGAAAGCUCAGAAAGCUUGGGAAGUUGCUCAAGGUCCUGUAAAGAAUUUGAUGAUGAUGGGAUUCAUGAUGUGGAUGUCUGGAAGUACCGUACAUUUGUUUAGCAUUGGUAUUACUUUUUCAGCUCUUUGGCAGCCCAUUAGUGCCCUUCGAGAUGUUGGAAAAGUUUUUGAGCCAUACAAGGACAGCAAAGUUGAGCUUUUAGGGCCAAAGUUGGUCUUCCUUGCUCUUAAUAUGGUGGGACUUGCCCUUGGUAUCUGGAAGCUGAACACACUGGGUCUUCUCCCAACACAUGCUUCAGAUUGGGUGUCGUCUUUACCUCCUGCUCAGGAAGUUGAGUUUUCCGGUGGUGGAUUGCCUCUGUAUUAAUUGCUUGCUAAAUCCUUCAUUUGUUGAUCCUACAAACUACAAGAAUAGCUUGAUGGGAACGAGCCUGGUAGAAGAUAUCAAGGAAGCAUAGCUGUUUUGUUGAUCUCUUUUGUAUGAUCAGGUUUAUCAUUGCACCUCAUAAUUUAGGACUUCGUAUUCUAUGUGCAAUAUGCAAGACAGUUCCUAUUUUUGGAGAAAUUUUUGGAGACAUGGAGGAAGUGCAGGAGAUUCAGUAUGCAAGACAUUUCUUAUAUUCAUAGGUCCCUUAUAUACAAAUCUGUUUUUGCUGUAUCAGGGGUCAAGAACCCAAAAGGCAUAAACAGUAACUUGUACUCUCUAAUUUUAAUUAAUCUUUCUUUUUCUGCUAGCACUUAGAGUUAAAUUUUGUUUUCAAUUUGGCUGAGAUUUUAACUCAAUCCUUUUCUGCGUUCUAGUUGUGCUUGGAACUGACCGACAAAAAA